AUGAGCCGUAAAUGGGAUGGCCAGAUAUCACUAGCUAUCUAUACAGCCUCUGUAAUGUAUUCGAAGAAUGAAACGGAAUCAUCAGUGGAAAACACUAUAAAGAAGAUUCAUAUUCUGAUAGAUUGUUAUGAGUACUUGAAAGAUAGUCUGAAUGUUCAUAUAGUGUUCUCAUGGAAUCGCAAUGCCACAUGUCCAGUCAUAUACUUAGGUGAAAAUCUGAAUUGGCUGCCUAUUCAUCAACUGCUUAAUCCCUCAGAUCAAAUACCAAAGAAGUCAUGUGAAGACGAAAUUAAAACAUUGGAAGCAUUCGAAUUCAAAACGUUUUCAUUAAUGUAUCCUGUUAAUACAAUGAGAAAUGUUGCUCGAAAGGCAUACUUUCACAAAUAUAGUUUCGUAUAUGAUGUUGUCAUUGUGUUUCAGUUUCAAGAUGGUGAAUUCAUUCUCUUUGCUGAUAUGGAACAAGAGUAUUCUUCGAAUGCGGAGGCUAUUCUCAGAUACCUGGCUCACAAAUGGAAUAUUAAAGAUGAGAAACUGGGAAUUGCCAUACGAAGAUUUGAAUAUGAUGAUUCUAUUUCAGCACCGGUGACGAUGGAUGAGCUUAGAAAUGCUAUUGCGAAGAAGCUUGUCUAUCAAUUCCACAUCUUCUUCUGGCCACAGGGACAUAAAAUAGCCAAAUUAAAGGAAUGGCUCAAUGAGACCCAUAAAUUUGAUGACGUCAUAUCAAAUGAUGAUGUUGAAGAAGACGAAUAUACCGAAGAAUCUAAACCAUGGCGUUUAUCAGAUACAUACACAGUGGAUAUCAAGAGGUUAGGAACAACAUACUGGGAGCCAAUGAUUGUCAUCCACAAAUCAGCUCAUUGGCAUAAUGAGGAGUUACCAUACGGACUGGAUAAUCAUGUAGCCUUAGCUUUACAUUUAUGUAGCGCCGGUUAUUUAUUUCCAGUAGCACCGAACGUCUUUAGUAUGCAUCCGGGUAUACGAACAACUAAAGAACGAAGGAAAUUGGCUUAUAAAGGAGUUUUUCAUGGAAAUAAAGCUUUACGUCGUUUCUAUGAGCGAAUGGCACUUGAAUAUCCGGUUAAUUCAAGAAAAUGUUUGAAAAACCGAUUGCCAAAACAUCUGCGAAAGAAUCAUAAGUGA